UUAUGGAAGAAAAAGUAGUAACAGGACAAAGAAAGAGAGAGAAAAGAGUGAUAUUUAGGCAGUCUAAUUGGACUUCAGCCAAAACGAAACCAGAUCCACUUCAAAACUCGCCUCAAAGGGGAGGAAGUUUAAGCCUUACGCUCUUUCUCUCUCUCUCUCUCUCUCUCUCUCUCACCUUUUAUUGUUUCUUAACGCUACACACACUCACACUUCCCAAGCUUUAAGGUUCACUUCUCUUGGGAGGGUUUUGCGUUUUGUGUAGUAGAGUGUUGUGUAUAAACAGCAGCAAAGAUGAGAGGAAGAGCUUUGUUAAUGGUGUUUUUGUUGAGCUUGAUGUAUGUGGUCUGUGGUGCUAGGUUGGGUUCUGAAAGGCAGAAACUGGAAAUCGAAAAGCAUCUGAAUCGUUUGAACAAAAAACCAGUUAAAAGCAUUGAGAGUCCGGAUGGGGAUAUUAUAGAUUGUGUUCACAUAUCACACCAACCAGCCUUUGAUCAUCCUUAUCUUAAAGACCACAAAAUUUUGACGAGGCCUGAAUACCACCCAGAGGGGCUUUUUGAUGAUAACAAAGUCUCUGUCAAACCCAAAGAAAGAACAAACCCCAUUAACCAGUUGUGGCAUCUGAAUGGUAAAUGCCCUGAAGGGACCAUCCCCAUAAGGAGGACGAAGAAAGAUGAUGUUUUGAGGGCAAGUUCUGUGAAAAGAUAUGGCAAGAAGAAGCACAGAAGCAUCCCAAUCCCUCAGCCAAAGUCAGCAGAUCCUGACCUCAUCAAUGAAAGUGGUCAUCAGCAUGCAAUAGCUUAUGUUGAAGGAGAUAAAUACUAUGGAGCAAAAGCCACCAUUAAUGUAUGGGAACCAAAAAUACAACAACCUAAUGAGUUCAGCUUGUCUCAGCUUUGGAUUUUGGGAGGUUCUUUUGGCCAAGAUCUUAAUAGCAUUGAGGCUGGAUGGCAGGUCAGCCCAGAUCUAUAUGGUGAUAACAACACAAGACUUUUCACCUACUGGACUAGUGAUGCAUAUCAAGCCACAGGCUGCUACAAUCUUCUAUGCUCAGGCUUUAUUCAAAUCAACGGUGACAUAGCAAUGGGAGCAAGCAUAUCUCCUAUUUCUGCCUACAGAAAUUCACAAUAUGAUAUCAGUAUACUUGUCUGGAAGGAUCCAACGGAGGGGCAUUGGUGGAUGCAAUUUGGUAGUGAGCAUGUGUUGGGGUAUUGGCCAUCUUUCUUGUUCUCAUACUUAGCAGAUAGUGCUUCUAUGAUUGAAUGGGGAGGUGAAGUUGUAAACUCAGAGGCAGAUGGGCAUCACACUUCAACUCAAAUGGGGAGUGGCCAUUUUCCUGAAGAAGGAUUUGGGAAAUCAAGUUAUUUCAGGAACAUACAGGUAGUGGAUGGGUCAAAUAAUCUCAAGGCCCCAAAAGGCAUUGGCACUUUCACCGAGCAAUCCAACUGCUACGAUGUUCAAACAGGCAGCAAUGGGGAUUGGGGCCAUUACUUUUAUUAUGGGGGCCCUGGCAAGAGCCCCAAUUGCCCAUAAGGUUAAAUUUCCAUUGCACCCUUUUCACUUUCUCUCCCUUCUGUGUAUCAUUCAACCCCUAGUGUAAUGUCCCUCUUGCCCUUCUCUGUAUACCUCUUUUUACUGUGUUACCACUUUUUACUAUUAGGUUGCUUAGCAACAUGUGACCUCUCUAGUGAGAACUUUUGACUUUUUUUCUUUUUUCACUUGAAAGAUUCUCCAUGUAAGUGGUCAAGGAUGAGGCAGAGUUUCUCCUAAGCUAAAAGAAACAGGCCUCUGUUAUUUUUUCUCCCUUUGUAUUAUAUUGGUUUGUUUGUUCCUUUGGUAGAACUGAAAGAGAUUAAUUAACACAACUAUAUUUGUGGGAGGCUA